GAUCUGAAACUACUGUUACGUAUUGCUACUGUAGUUCUGCAAUUAGACGUAAACGCUGCAUGUGACGCAAUACUUCAUUUCCCAGGAUCCUGUAUGUGUCGCAAAUUGCCAACCCUGCUUUGCGAUAGCCGAUAGGCCAGCUAGUGUGAAGUGACUUGAGUAAUGGCUAGAGGGGACACGAGAUAGCAAACGAGCUUACAAUUAUUCGCCAGUUUUUAUUAUUUUACCGAUCCUGGAAGUCCGGCUUGUAUUAGUCUUACUCGGCGUUUAGCUCGAGGGCUCGGUUUGAGCUCACUUCUAUUGUUUACACUCAUACUGCAUGCAGUGGAAUGGCUGAAGUGCCGCCUGGGCCUAACACACUGCCUGCGUCCUCGGCUGAAAUUAGAUCGCUGCCCGUGGAUGGCUGCUCGUUCCUGGGGAACAAUGAGACAUUGGACUGCGGCCGAGGAGACAUAAUAGCCCCGGGGACGGAGGCGCAACAAGCCACUGAGCCCAAAGGGAUAGUUAAAUUGAGCCAGAAUAGCGUCCAUCACCUUAACUCGCCUGCUCAGCUGCAUUCUUCACCGGCCCAGCUCAACGGCAUCGCCAGCCAUCCAGAGCACGACGAACACCUCGGCUAUAAAAUCGCCCAAAACCACGUCCAGCACCGAGCUCACAGAUCGGCCGACUGUCAGCACACUGCCUCUGAGUAUGUGGACAGCACUGGCGAGCGGGCAACCAGGAAAUCAGCGUUUAACGCCAGCGACAGCUCGCUACCCAGUAACGGAGUAGACUCCCUCGAUCCCGCGGUCAGGACCGAGCCCGGCUCUUCAGAUCAGCUGGAAGGAGAUUGUACGUGUCUGAAAGCCGAGCUCGACAGGACUGUUUGUCGCUCCGAGUGUAAGGAUCAUGUGCAGAAAUCAGCGGGGGACAGAGAGCGAGGCCUGGGGGCGCAGGGAGAUGGAGCUGAGGAGGCACCAUUAGAGGAUCAGAUAGCGAAGCUGUCAGUGAGCACACCGGCAGCGGAUCACAGCCCCAUCACUUAUGUGAGAUACGAGUCCGAGCUGCAAAUGCCGGAUAUCAUAAGGCUCAUAACUAAAGACUUGUCCGAGCCCUACUCCAUAUACACCUAUAGGUACUUCAUUCACAACUGGCCCCAGCUCUGCUUUCUGGCAGUGGUGGAGAAAAACUGUGUUGGUGCCAUUGUAUGUAAGUUGGACAUGCACAAAAAGAUGUUCAGACGGGGAUACAUUGCCAUGCUCGCUGUGGACUCCAAAUUUCGCAGAAAAGGCAUCGGUACAAACCUUGUUAAAAAGGCCAUUUAUGCUAUGGUGGCAGGGGACUGUGAUGAGGUGGUGCUGGAGACCGAAAUCACCAACAAAUCAGCCCUGAAACUUUACGAGAACCUGGGCUUUGUCAGGGACAAGCGGCUGUUCAGAUACUAUUUAAAUGGAGUGGAUGCUCUCCGGCUCAAGCUGUGGUUACGCUGAGCUCUCCUGUGACGUCCGGACGCUCCGUCAAGUCCUCUGUCCUCCUGUCCCUGUGUCCAAGUGAGUACGGAGAGUUGGCCUCCAGGAAGCCAAACCAGAGAGGCAGCCGCAUGACAAACAAGCAAAAUGUAAUAAAGCGUUUUACGUAC